AUGGUGGAGGAGGCCACUACGAUUGAUCUACUCGAUGCCAAUACUCGUGUGACCAAGACCAACUAUCGCCUUGGAUGGCCUUCCAGUCCUAGAGAUGUUGUGACCAUCUCUAGGACCCUGGUGGAUCGUCACACCCUCAUCGACAUCACCACAUCUCUUCCUCGGUCAAAGCAUGAACCAUCUUACCUUCGUCCAGCUCCACCCUAUGUUCGUGCACAUAUCAACUUACUUGCUUGGUGCAUUCAAUUACCGCAAGCCGAGGUCCCCGAGGGCAAGGCGAAGAUCACUUGUUUUUGGUCGUGGAAUCCGAAAGGGGCGUGGGCGGUGGGUGGCGGAGUGCCUCAACACCUACCAUAUCUAGUCACAGGACUUGUAGACUAUGCGAGGGAGGGAAGUGAAAAGGUCCCCGUGGUAUUGAACUUUGGUCCAGAGGUCAGUAUCGGCUCUAUCGGUUACGACACGGCUCGUGUAACUUUAUCUAUGGGAUACGCAGUGGUGAAGGGGGAAGUUGACGGAUAUGGCGAUGGUAAAAGACGUCAAGUGGAGGUCGGAUUUUCAUCAACGCAAAGUUGGGAUAUUCAAAUUCAUGUCAAAACUCAACAAGGGCAAGAAUCUCCGUCCACUGUAUGGACCGCCAUCGUCGGUCAUGCUCCACCUACAGACCUUGGUUCAAAAGCACCCAACCGACUUAUACUACGACUCACACACGCACCCUUGCAAGAGCAUGAGGAACUCAUUCGCGUCAAAGUGUCUAUCGAACGAACGUCCUCUUCGAUUUCCGGAGUGAGAAUCAAUGGAAUUCCUGUGACAGUAGAAUCCAUAGAUGCCAGAGCUCCACAGAGACGGGUGUUAGAGGAAACAGAAAGUACCAGCGGCAUUUCUCUGCGUAGCAUAGGGUCGGAAGAGACGACUCAAGCUUCGGGCCCGACUGACGUGAGGAUGAACGGGUCCGGCAGGUCGCAAGCCGCGGAAAAGGCCAUCGCCUCAAUGAUCAAACGCAACUACAUCUACUUCACAUCACUUCUGCAAGAGCCCGAACCCAAGUGGAAACCUGUACUGGAUUCAAGAGGAGUGGCGAUACAUCAGCUGGAUUCAAUUGAUAAAACACUGGUUGUAUUUCGUGCAGAGGCAGUAUUCGUCGGGGUAAACAUAUGGGACCUCUAUGCCACCAUUGCUAGUCCCGGCGAUCGUUGGGUAUGGGACAAGACGCAUGAUGAUGCGACUUUGGUCGAAGACAUCAAUGAGCUCACAGACUUGUGGCAUUUCCGUUCAAAGGCAGCUUGGCCAACGUCUGCUCGAGACUCGGUUAUUCUGCGGACCACAUACAAAUCUCCAUCUUCCGUCCAUAUCUUCGGUUUCUCCGUUGAUGACACCGAGCUAUUUCCUCGCAUACCACCGAGUAUCGACCCUACGGUCAUUCGCACGCAGAUUGAUCUUCAAGGUUGGUCCAUCGAAUCCCUUUCACCCAAUACGACGCAGGUCACUCUUCUCGAGCAGAGUGAUCCCCGAGGAUGGUCCAAUAAAUCAUCCAUACCUCAGGUGAUGAUGAACACACUUGCGGGCAUCGGAGAGUUCUCGAUAAAGCACGGUGCACCGCCUAUUGCCACAAGACUUGGGGGUGCCAAAGCUCUCUCAUCGCGAUACGACGUAGAGAAAGAGACCGACUCGAGCAGCUUGGGAUCGCUUGGCGCCACCAAAAAUCUAGGAGCAAAUAUCGAAUGCGAGAUACGGUGUGAUAUGAAUCAGUGGGCCAAUAGUAUAGCUAUAGUCAUAGACCCACCUCAUCAGUCAUUGUCCGCACUUAAGCGUCACAAAUUAUCGGCCAUGGGAGGGGGUUUAUGGUUGACAAUCGAACACAAUUCGGCUAUCUUGGGCAGAAACCCCGUGGCGGUCACUAUUCGCCGUGGUCCGCCUGCCGUCAAGCCGACGCUCACAGCCAACGGCUACAAGGUGAAAAUUGAUACCGAGGAGCUGGUCGAUACCGAGGUUCAGCUUCUGAAACGACAAAGACGAUCUCGACCUACUCGGGCUCCUCUUGAUCAACCUCCGGCCCUUGGAACUAUUCGGAAGAAGCAGAGCGGCGUGGAUCUCGCUAUCGAUCCAUUCAGGACAGUGACACCUUCCACAUACGCGAAGAUCGCAGCGCCUUUGUCGAGAUGGUAUUCAGUCGCGGCUCAGCAGACCAGAGCGGCAAUCGUUCCCAUGACAAGUCCUGGUCCGUCAGCUCCAACAGGAUCUACUCCAGUCGAUGCUGCCGUACAAGCUUUGUCUCAAUUAGCAAGAAUGCACGCUGAUAGGGAAAGCGAAUCAACCGAUCCACAUGGUUGGCAACCGGUCUCUGAACGUGAUGGACUCAAAGUGGAGCGUAGGAAUGUUUCUCACGUAUCAGAUACGUUCCCCGUCUUUCGCGCUGGUCGAAUCAUUGAGGGCUUCACCGCGGAGGAAGUUUCUGCAGCCGUUUCCAUGUCUCGGAAGGACGAAAGGUUCGAUGUACCACUUCGAUUGGAAUCGUACGGGACUGGUAUCAUAACAUCACAACUUUCAGCGCAUACGGCCUUUCCUUUCCGCGGACGAUCAAUGUUGGUAGCUACCAUCGUUGCUAGACUGCCUGAUGGACCUCCUCCUUCACCUUCUCAUGGUACUCACACCCCUCUAUCCACAAUCUUCCAUGCAUCCACCUCGGCGUUCGACCGUACGACUACCUCUCUGGACCCAAUCAAAUACAAUCCUUCCUCUCUUCCCCCGGGUAAUGUUAUCCUCGAAGGAUGGGUAUUGGAAACUAUCGAUCCGUACUCACAUGAGAACUACGCUAUCCCUUCAACACGGUGUAUGUAUGUGGCAGCGGUUGAUUUCAGUGGAUCAAUGCCAUUGUCAGUGAAUAACAUGUUGAACGCUUCUCUACCUCGGGUCGUACUCUCCGUUGAAUCUAUGCUCAAGUCUCGUGGACCUCCAACUCGUUGUCGACUUCCUCCAAUGUCAAUCUUGGCUCCUGAACCGACCGCACAAUCUCCAUGGGGUCUCGAAGGAUUUGACAAUGAGCGAGUGGGUGUGGAACAGAUCUUGGACAUGGAGGGGAACUAUGGUCUGAUGGUACUCCUUCGACCUUCCAAAUCUAAUAAACAAUCCGAAACACUUUCUCCGACUUCACCACCUCUGAGUCCCAACGAUUCCAGAUCCUCACUCUAUUCAGGUCGGACAGUCAUUGAUUUGGGUGAAGAUAUCAGAAGAGGACGAAAAGAUUUGAUCGUAGCAGAAGUUGUACUGGCUACUUUUUUGAAUCAAGGUUGUGAUAUUUCUCUUCGGGGUAUAUCCCUUCCUAUGGCUUUAAAUUCGACUCCUGUCAUCAAUGCAGAUUCCCCGGAGAAUGGAAUUCUACCAAUACGAAUGACGUCGGGUGAUGAUGGGUUGAUGGAAUUACCUUUCAAAUGUCAAAUCAUAAUCAUGGCACCUUCCGUACUUCAGACAGCUUCUCUCGAACCUACUCCUUCUCGACAUUUAGUGAGGAUAACCCUUCCUACAGCGGGAUACGAAACUCCCAUUGCUAAUCCUUUAACAGGUAAAACUGGACCAUUACCACGACCGAGAUGGUUGUUGGAUUUGAUCAAUGAUGGAGCUGUGGUACAUCUCUCUAUUACCCCUCGACCAGGCACCAAUCAAUAUAUGUUUGGAGAACAAAUUUUAGUGGUCGAAGAAGAGAAACGAUCAAUAAGAAUGAGAGAAAAUUUUAGAAUACCACAAUUGGUCAAUCGAGAUAUACCGAAUACCGUAAAUUUAGAUAAACCUUUGGCUGUCGCAGUGGAAUAUCUCGUUCAGAAACCCGUACCUCCCCCACCAUCAGAACCAUCCGUAGAUGAACAAAACAUCGAAGAGAUAUCAACUGUCCCUCCUCCCAAAUCUAAUGGGGAAAUCAAUGACGAAACUAAAUCAUCUGAAUCAAACAAUUCUUCUGAACAAAUUGUAAAUGAACAAAUAGGAGGGAAAUAUCAAUUUUGGCGUUAUCCUUAUCCUCGAUUACGUCGUCCUAUCAUACCUCCACCUCUACCAUCCAAACCAUCCAUCGUACUUCCUCCAUCUGAUACAUCAGUCACAGAUAUCACUAUUCCUACGGAAACCAAAGACACACCGACGAGUCCUAUUAGAGUGACGACGAAAUUACGUUCGAGGAUCUCUAUAUCUAUCCCAUCAUUGAUCGUUUUAUGUGUUGCAUGUGCACUCAUAGGAUCAUUGUUGAGAUCUUUUUUGUCAGAAAGUGAUUUCGUCAUUUAUUUCCCAAACAACGUUCCUGCGCCUGAAGGAGGGAGUUGGAAAGAAUUGAGACGAUUGGCAGUGUGGAAAUUGGGAAGGAGAAGGGAUCUUAUUUUGGCUGUCGCGAGGAGGGUUGAGGGAUGA